UUGACGGUAUCCCACCUCUUGUCUCGGAACUUCGACAACGAGUUCCUGCAAGGGUCCUGGCCGAGGGCGAAUGCUGCGCUCUCAUGGGAGCGCAAGCCGCCGCGCCAGUGCGAGCGCACGAGCGCUCCGUGCAAAGAACUGACGAGGCAUGAUCGGGGAGCGACAAGGCGGGUACAAAUAGUCCGGGGAGGACUAGAUAAUCUGAGGUCGGGCAUGUCGUCCUACAGGCGGAUUUCGAAAUAUAAUUUAAGAUGCGCACACCCCACGUGUGUGCGUCUGGUUCCUUGUCAGGAUGCGUGUUCGCCUCCGGCGUUAGCACCCCUCACUGGAACUGGAAACGGAACUGGAGGUCUUCCGCCUUCCUAGGCUCUCUAGGGCCCAUCGUCUCGGGUCGCGGUGGAGCGGCUAUGUACAUCGCAUACAAAUCCGAAUUCGAGUAUGCAUCCCCCUCGCCGAGUUCGAGUGCACAUCUCCCUCGGCGGAUCCAAAACUCGCGCACGCGGCAAGGCCAGAGAGGCAUUGCAUGCAAGCGGCAUGCGCGCAUGGAAGGACGACAGGACUGCAUAUACAGUCAGGGGCAGCAAGGCCCUCGGAGCCUAAUUUCGGAGCCCUGGCUGGCAGGCCACCGCGAUGCGAUGCACGCUGUAGAGAAAAAUGCGGAGCGCUGUCUUCGCCGCAGGGCGGAGAAAGACACAUGGCCGCGAGAACAUCGCAGGCGAGCGUCCGGCGGGAAAAAUGAGCGGAUGAGAAAUCCAAUGGCGCGUCCGGCAGGAGAGCAAACACAGGGAGGGCGGAGAGGAGCGGUCCGUGAGAAGAUCGGAGGAAGAGGGGUGUAGGGGGGCGCGAAAGCCUGCGCAGGCGGUGAAAGAGUAUACACCACACCACCCCAGCGUCGUCCCCGACCCUCAAAAAGUCUUGGGAUUGAAAAAAUAACCCGCCACUGGUAAUGUGUAUGUUGCAGGUGGACGCCGCUUGGGUACAAGGCGCGUCUCCUCUCGCCGCCAACUCGAUGCUGGUGUACAUGAUGAGCCGUGGACGGCAACACCAACCACAGCAUUUUGCUUCUGCCGGUACUUCGCCACCAGGUUCCUGUACAAGGCGUUCCUUUGCAAGCACGUCGUUUUCGGUACCGCCUGAUCCCGAGGCUUUGCCUCCUCCUGGCCUCGCCGUGAGGCUGCGCUCCUUCCCUUAAAGAGGGGGGCUCGCACACAUCACGGCCGGAGGCAUGUGCGCGGCCCAGGGGGGCCGAGGGACGCACUGAGGCAGGAGGAGCGGCCACGUGAAGUCCAGGGCGACAUCGUGACCCUGGCCAUGGUGUCCACCCCACCCCAGUCAUCUGAGGUGGGGAGAGGGGCCACAUACAGG